ACCAUAUAUAAAUGUUCUCAAAACAGUCCUUUACCAUUGGUCUCAAAGCCUACAACUGUUUUGUCACCAAAUCUGGAGUCACAUUGGGAGUCAACAAGUCUCUCAUAUCGCUCCCAGUAAGGUUCUUUGCUCGGAAGUCAAAAACUUCUACAAUCUACAAAGCAACUGCCCAGCCCAAACCUCAAGACGCGAUCAAGCCAAGUCGACUCCAGAAAGAAAGCCUAGGAGACGAAGCCAAAGAAGUGUCAAGGCAGCGAGUUCCUGGAUAUCUGCCUGACGAGAUCAAGUUCCAGCGACACAUGGAGACUGACUUUACAGCCGAGAAAGAAAUGCAAGACGAAGUCGAGCGGAUCCAGAAAAAAGCCAAGACUAAGGCUCUAGCUGAAAUUGUCAUGGACAAAGAUGUCGACAAGUUUGUGACCCAGGACUUCGACAGGUUCGACCAGAAUUAUGUCGAUCAUUACAACGAAGCGGAAAUCCAGAAGACUGUCAAAAUUAUGAACGAUGAGGAGUUCGGCAGAAAUGCACCCAAGAAGUUUGAAAUUGACUCAUUUGCAAAGCCAGAAAGACUGUCUAAACGACUUUCGAGGCUUGGAAUCUGAUCAAGACGGCAAGCUGAAAGAAUGAUCCAGCAAGGAAUUGUCAAAGUUGAUGGCCAACUCAUCGACCAGAAUGUCCCUGUCUCAGAACAUCAAAAAAUCCAAAUUGGAACAAAUAAGCCAUUCUUGAUUCCUCACAAACCUGACACAAGAAUCUGGCUUUAUCACAAGCCAAGAAAGCUAAUUUGUACAAGAUGGGACCCUGAAAAGAGGCCCACGGUUUUCCAGCAACUAUCCCUUCUGGGACUCAAGAUUCCUCACAUCAUUGCAGUCGGGAGACUCGAUUUCUUGUCCGAAGGGCUGAUGGUUCUUACAAACGAUGGAGACUUAGCCAGGGCUCUAGAGCUGCCUUCCAGCGAGAUUGAAAGAACUUACAGAGUCAGAGUGUUCGGAAGAAGGUUCGAUGAAAAGAAGCUUGACCAACUCAGAAGAGGCUUCAAAAUCAAAGGCAGAAAAUAUGGGCCCUAUGUCACAGAAAUCAUCAAGAGACAGACUUCAAAUACUUGGCUUCACAUGAAACUUUACGAAGGGAAAAACAAUGAAAUCAGAAGAGUCAUGAGAAAGUUCAGCCUCAGAGUUAACAGACUGAUCAGACAAUCUUACGGACAGUACACACUAGGACUCGUUCCUAACCCAAAUGAUUUAGCAGAAGUAAGGAUGACCAAGCAAAUCAAAACUCUGUUGUUCAAGUACUACAAAGAAAAGGCGCAAGAAAGCCAAGAGAGAUAUCAUAAAGAAAGGACAGAACAUUUGUAUCUCCAAACACAGAAGCAGGAAGCUCUGGAAGCUGAGCAAGAAACCAAGCAGAAGAAGCUGAGUGAAGCAUAUGUGGAUCUGAGCCAGACUCCAAGCGACAAGCCUCUCGGACUCGGUGAGAGAUUAUUAAGAGGAGGAAAGUAA